UGCAGUAAUGGCGGAAGACUAAACGAAUGUUUAUUCUUGUUUAAGUCAAAGUUAUGUGGUUAUCUUUGAUUAAGACCACAAGAAGUAAAAACAACUUUAUUGGAAAGAAAUUUUUGAACAUUUUUAAUGCUAAAACAGUUUCAACUUGGGGACAAUUAACUAAUGCGUUUGACGUUCGAAGUUCUCCGUUCAUCUCACCGAAACGGACUGGACUGUUUGGAGUAAACGAACUUUACGAAAGCUCUGGUUUUCAUGUUCUGACUGAGAGGGUGCUGAAUGAAUCACAGAAGAUCAUUGAUGAUGCUUUAUUUAUUGCAGAUGAGAUUAAAUGUGGGAGAAUGUCAGUUGUCAAUUUAAUAGAGACUUUUGAUCACUUGUCUAACACAAUAUGUAAUGUUGCCGACUUGGCAGAGUUCGUUCGGUUAUCUCAUCCAGAUGAAGAAUUUCGUUUGACGGCGUGUAGUGCAAGCCUUGAGAUCAAUAGCUUUGUUGAGAAAUUGAAUACUAAUGUUACACUAUACAAUGCCUUAACGAGCUCGUUAGCUACUGAAGAUGCCUCAUUCCUGGACGAAGAAAGUAGAAGAGUUGCGGAAUCAUUAGUAUUUGAUUUUGAACAGAGUGGUAUUCAUUUAGAUGAAAUUAAAAGAAAUAAGUUUGUGGAACUUCAGGACAAUGUAUUACGUCUUGGUAGUCAAUUUGCAGCUGGUUGUUCAUCUCCAUCAUUGUUUCCAAAAAAAUUUUGGCCUAGUCAUGUUGAGCACGAGUUUAAGAACGAUGAUGAUUAUAUAUUUAUUGAUGGUUUAUGUUAUGAUUCCUCAAAUGCCAAACUUAGAGAGAUUGUUUAUAAAGCUUAUAUGUAUUCCAAUCCUCAACAAUUGGCUAUCUUAGAUGAAUUAUUACAAAACAGACAUGAUCUUGCAAGUCUUGUUGGUUUUCCAUCUUUUUUGACUCGUGCAUUACGUGGAACCAUGGCAAGAGAACCUGAAAAUGUUCACUCAUUUUUGACUGCUAUAACUGAAAACAUUGGUGGCAUUGUUCAAAAAGAUAUUGAUAUGUUAAUGAAUAUUAAAGAAAGCAAAAGUUCUGAUAGCUUUCCUGUUAUGACUUGGGAUACACAAUACUACACAGGUUUAGCCAAAUCUCAAGUGUUACAAAAUUUUCUUGAAAGAUUCAGCGUGUACUUCUCUCUGGGAACAUGUAUGGAAGGUCUAAAUAAAAUAUUCCAAAGCAUUUAUGGCAUUCAACUUGAGCCAUCAGAACCUGAGUCGGGAGAAGUCUGGCAUCCAUCUGUUGUUAAACUCACAGUAAAGCAUGAAGAUGAGGGAAUUCUGGGAUAUAUUUACUGUGAUCUCAUGUAUCGAAAGGACAAAGUCCAACAAGAUUGUCAUUUUACCAUUCGAGGUGGGUGCCAUCUUCUUGAUGGUUCUUAUCAACUUCCUGUUGUUGCCAUUGUUUGUAACUUUCGAAUGUCACAGCAACAAAAUAUUGUUUUACUUAAUCAUGGCAUGCUGGAAAAUCUCUUCCACGAAAUGGGUCAUGCUAUGCAUUCCAUGUUGGGACGAACACAAUAUCAACAUGUAACAGGAACAAGAGCUGCAACUGAUAUUGUUGAAGUACCAUCUAUUCUUAUGGAACACUAUGCUCGAGAUCCUGCUGUUCUUUCCAAAUUUGGUAGACAUUUUCUUUCUGGCAAACAGCUACCGGAUGAAGCUCUAAAUGGUCUUUGUCAAUCAAGAUGUUUGUUUGAAUCACUAGAAGUUCAGACUCAAGUAUUUUAUUCCAUGGUUGAUCAUAUUUACCAUGCUGGUCAUCCCCUCCACAAGACAACCACUGAAAUACUGAAGGAAUUACAAACACAGUAUGGAACAACUCCAUAUGUUGAAGGCACAUCAUGGCAACAAAGAUUUUCACACCUAAAUGGUGGGUAUGCAGGUCGAUACUACUCCUAUCUUUGGUGCAGAGCAGUUGCUUCCCUUAUCUGGAAUCAGUCAUUCAUAAAAGAUCCACUCUCUAGAGAAGCAGGAGAGAGAUACAGACGCCUCUUUCUUCAAUACGGAGGCGCUAGAGAACCGAAAAAAUUAGUCCAGAAUAUGUUGGGGCAAGAGAUCAGCGUUAAUAAUUUAGUGCAAGCUUUAGUGAGUGAACUUCAGUCUCGGUAAUGAAAUUACCAAUCAUUAUACAAUUUUAUGUAAUAUAAUUUUAUUGCUCA